AUGUACAAUGAAGUGCUAAUCUUGGUAGAGGAUCUGUGUUUGUCAAUUGCUAAUAAAGCGUUGACACAACUUGGUAUGAUUGCACCAAAUCGAAAUAUUCACGACAUUUUCAACAAAGAAUUGGAACGAGAACAACAAUACGACCGAAAUGCAUUGAGCGCAUACCUACAAGCAAAUGAACCAUUUUUAAAUACUGAACAAAAGCGUGUAUACGAUACAAUCAUGCAUGCCGUUAACACUGGAAGUGGUGGCUUUUAUUUUCUUGAUGCUCUCGGUGGAACUGGCAAGACAUUUGUUAUGUCAUUGAUUUUGGACAAUAUACGAGCAAACGGAUUUAUUGCAUUAGCCAUUGCUUCAUCGGGUAUUGCAGCUACAUUAUUAGAAGGUGGAUGUACCGCACAUUCCGCGCUCAAAUUACCGUUAAACUUACAAGUUAAUGAAGAACCAACAUGCAAUAUUUCCAAAAGAAGUGGAAUGGCAAGGGUACUCCAACAAUGUAAUAUCAUCAUUUGGGAUGAGUGUACAAUGGCGCACAAAAAAUCGUUAGAGGAACUUAAUCGUACAUUGAAAGACUUGCGUGAAAAUCAACGUUUAUUUGGAAAUGCAUUGAUUUUAUUAACUGGUGAUUUUAGACAAACGUUACCCGUUAUUCCGCGAUCAACCCCAGCUGAUGAAUUGAAUGCGUGCUUGAAAGCAUCUAAUUUUUGGCGAUAUGUGACGAAAUUAACACUAAACACAAAUGUUCGCGUUCAACUCCAAAAUGAUUCAAGUGCUGAAGUUUUUUCAAAGCAAUUGUUACAAAUUGGAAAUGGACGAAUUCCUAUUGAUAAUAAUGGCUUAUUUAAAUUUCCAGAUCAUUUUUGUCAAAUAGCAGAAUCAAGGGCCGAUUUGGUGCAAAAGGUUUUUCCCGACAUAACACAAAAUUACAAGAAUCACAAUUGGCUAAGUGAACGAGCUAUAUUAGCUGGUACGAAUAAAGAUGUUAACGAGAUAAAUGCAGAUAUCUUGGAUAAAAUACCUGGUGAUACUGUUGUAUACCGGUCUGUUUACACAAUUAUCGACCAAGAUCAAGUAGUUAACUAUCCAACCGAAUUUUUGAAUUCAUUGGAUAUAUCUGGAUUUCCGCCACAUUAUUUGCAAUUAAAACCCACUCCUAACCAAAAAUUGGUUAAGUUCGUAGUAAAAAUGAACUCGAAUGAAGUGCGUACGAAUUAA